AUGAACAAUCGAUUUGCUCAAGCCGUGGCAAUUAGAUUAAAUACAUCUGAUCACAAAUUAAAUCCAGAAAGAAGAAGAAAAUUUGAAGAAAUUGGAAAAACUGAAGAAUUAGUUGAAUCCAUAUCAAAAUUAAAUAAAGAUCAAAUUGGUGGUAAUUAUACUGAUUGUUAUCAUAUUGCAGCGAAUAAUAAUUUUAAUAAUAUAUUUUGUCAAAAAAUAGUUCCAAUAUUUAAAAAAUGGGAAAAUAAUAAAACAAUCAAUCUUCCUGAUGUUGAUGAAUUUUUUAUAAUGGUUCAGAAUGAUGUUCGUUUCGUACAAAAGAAAAUUGAAAUUUGUAAAUUAUAUCAAAACAUCAACAACAAACUAUAG